AUGGAAUGCCCAAAUCAAACAGCUCCAGAGGAUUUUGUCCUCUCUGGAUUCCCAUACCCAGAAGAACUAAAGCUCCCCUUGCUUCUCUUCUUCUCAGUCAUGUUUGCACUCACACUUGCUGGAAACUCCCUGAUCAUCUUGGUGGUGAUCUCUGACCUUCAACUGCACAAGCCCAUGUACUGGUUCCUGUGUCAUCUCUCCCUCCUGGAUAUGGCCUUCUCCUCUGUGGUGGUUCCCAAAGUUAUUGCAGGAUUCAAUUCCAGAGGAAAGAUCAUUUCUUUCACAGAGUGUGUGACUCAGAUAUUUUUUUUAAACUUCCUGGGAUGUGCAGAAAGCCUUCUCUACACCUUGAUGGCUUAUGACCGCUUCUUGGCCAUUUGUAAACCACUCCACUAUGGCAACAUCAUGAGCUGGAAAGCCUGCCUCAUCCUCUCCUUGGGUACCAUAAUUGGUGGCUGCCUCAACUCUACAUUUCAGACAACUUUCACCUUUCGCUUGCCUUAUGGACAGAGAAACAGUAUUGACUAUGUCUUCUGCGAUAUUCCUGCCAUAUUGAAGCUGGCUUGUGCUGAUACAGAACUUAAUGAGUUAAUGAUCUUCAUUGACAUCGGCCUUGUAGCAAUGACUUGCUUUCUCCUUAUCCUAGCAUCUUAUGCUUACAUCGUCAUAGCCAUUUUGAAGAUUAGUAGCAGUGAAGGACGCCACAGAGCCUUCUCAACUUGCAGUGCCCAUCUUACUGUGGUGGUCAUAUAUUACCUGCCUCUUUUUUAUCGUUAUAUGAGGCCAUCUUCUCAGGACUCCAUGGAUGGUGUGGUGAGCAUGUUCUACACUACAAUCACCCCUUUGUUGAAUCCAGUGAUAUACACACUUAGGAACAAGGAGAUGAAAACUGCUCUGGUGAAACUAUGGAGUAGGAAUCUAGAGUAG